CAUCUUCCAUCUAUCUAACGCACUACCAUGCCACCUGCGGCAGAAAGAAUAGACAUGGCUACAGAUGACCCUAGCCAACGGGUUAAGCGUCGCCGAGUCGCUCUUGCUUGCGAUGCCUGCAGAAUGCGUAAAUCCAAGUGCGAUGGGGCUCGUCCACAAUGUACAAUAUGCAUCAGUAUGGGAUUUGAAUGCAACUAUACCCCACCGUCUUCGUGUACGAAUCUACUUGUGGGAAAAGAUUAUCUGCAAUCCUUAGAAUCGCGCAUUGCCCUGCUCGAAAAUCAUAUGGGAUCUGUUAAGUCCCAUCUUGUCGAUUUGUCAGAAUAUGUUCAAGAGGACCGCAACACAUUCCCUCCCGCCCGUGAAAAUUGUGAAUUAGGGCCUGCUACUUCAGAAUCUCUGCCCGAUCUUGCAAAUAUUGAGGACCCAAUCGAUGGAAUGGGAGCGGUUGUUUUUGCUGAUAAAGAGGAUUAUGGAUUCUUCGGCCCUUCAUCCAACAUUGCUUUCUUGCGUCAUUUAUAUCUCACUGGCACAAAUGAUGUCCGUCGACAACAAAGGCCUAAUCUACCUGGUACUAGAUCGGGUGGUUUUGAGUUUGGAUUCGUCAAUGUCUCUCGCCCUCCUUCGCCCGUGGCAAAGGUUAUUGGAUCUUCAUCUCAAAAUCAGCCGCUUGAUCUCUUUGCACUGCCGCCUCGCCUUGAGACAUGGGAACUAGUCCAAAAGUAUUUCUCAGACACUGGACUAUUAUUCCCAUAUAUCUAUCCGCCUACCUUCCUUGAGACAUGCCAGCAUGUUCUCAAAAGGAAUCCGAGAAGGAUUCGAAGAACAUGGCUUGGACUGCUCAAUAUCAUGCUUGCCAUGGUAAAAAUUACAGCCGCGCCGGAAACAAAGCCAGCGGAAAUUCGUCUUGCCGAAGCUAAUAUGUUCUAUCAACGCGCUCUUGGCCUAUGCGGAAAUGAGAUGCUGCGUGGUACUACUAUAGAAGUCGUGCAAUUUUUGCUGCUCAUGGGCCAAUAUCUUCAAGGAACUCAAAAGUCCGUGCAGGCUUGGACUAUUCAUGGUCUCGCUGUUAAAGCAGCUCUUCAACUUGGCCUGCAUUCGAAGGAUGCGGCAGGGGCAUUCACACCAGCAGACCAAGAGGUUCGAAGGCGGACAUGGUUUGCAUGUGUCAUUUUGGACCGCACUUUAAGUAUGACUUUGGGACGUCCAGCUACGAUACCCGAUAACUAUGUGCGAUUAGAACUUCCUAAACACGAUGACGACCUGGUGGUUCCUAUGGUGGAUCCGCGAGAUGUGCAAAUGAGCACAUUAUUUUUCAAUAACACAAUACUAUUAUACAAGCAGCUUUUCGUGACCAUUGACGAAUUAUACGAUCAGAAUUUAGGCUGUGAGUCGCAAUUAUCAGUGAGCGAAAAAAUCUCCAAAAUCCUUUCAAUAAGUCAAACUCUUGAAGCAUGGAAAACAUCACUUCCUGAAGGCCUUGGUCUGGUAACAGUCCAGGAAUUACAAAACGCGACACGUCCAGCCCCUGAGGAGCCGCAAUUUUCUUUCAAGUUUCGAGUAAUCCUUACACUUCGAUAUCUUCACCUUCAGGUUUUGCUUCAUCGACCUAUCCUAGUACAAUACAUUGAUGCUUGCGUAGAAAGCAGCGCAAACCAACAUGAACAACGAGUUCUACAGCAGAUUGGGUGGAAUAGCUUACAAAUUUGCUCAGAAGCAGCGAUGAACAUUAUCGACCUUGUUUAUGAGGUUCUUGACUCAACAGAAUGGCACAAGAGUCUGCUCGGCGCAUGGUGGUUUACUCUCUAUUACACGUUUCAUUCUGCGCUGAUCCUUCGUGGUACUCUAUGGGUUUGCAGAGAUGGCGAUCUGGCGGCAAAACCUUUGUCCUGCGGAAUCGAGCAGCUCGUUCUCUACCCAAGCCGGGCUGUACAAGCGCUUUACAAAUUAGAUUCUGGCAAUCGUAUCGUAGACCGAUGUCGGUACUACCUUGAGAGGCUCACAAACAUAUCGAAUACAUCAAACGGUUCAGCUAGGUCUGACAAAAACCAAGCUGAAGCAAGUAGCUCUUUCGUUAAUGCUUUCGACUCGAAUAUCAAUUAUUCGCCGUUGGGUUUGGAGUUUGGAGAAUUUAUGCUCGAUGGUGACUUUUGGGCCGCGAUGAUCCAGGAGGAGCCCUCGGCAGACCAGUUCGCUGUAAAUAAUCCUGCAUGAACUGUGCGGGUGCGAUUCAUUUGUUUUGUUGUACAACAGAAGCAACAUAUCUAAUUUUCUUUCUUUAAUGACCAAUGUAGGAAUAGCAUUUCUCGGUAAAUCAAUGAAUCUUGCUUACCUCUUCCA